CUAUUAUUUUCUCCCAAACUUUAGCGGGGAGAAGUCCUAGUCACAUGGACUGAAUGCUCUUGAAUUCUUCAUGUGUUUAUCUGGAUGGGAGAACAUGGAGGACCAACUUCCCUACCGUUUUGGUUGGGGAAAUCAGAAGACAAAGCUGGGCUCCAUUGCAUUAUUUGAGACUAUUGAUGAGUUCCAGGAAGACUUCACACCAAGGCAAAGUGUUUUCAAGAGAAUCCAGAGGCUCUGUUUCCGGCAGCGGGAGCAACUUCCUGGGGAGACCUUUAUGAGUUUUGCCUCUGCACUGUGGGAUUUGGCAUCAGGCUGUGAUUUUGGGCCUUUGCAGGAUGAGCUGGUGCUUGACCAGCUGAUUGAGAAAGCAGAAGACUGGCGAAUUAGGGAGACCCUAUUUUUGCAAAUAGAUUCUCUAACUCUGGCAAAGGCUGUGGAGUUGGGGUCACAAAUGGAGGCGGCAUUUAAAACAGCACCCAAUAAGAUAACAGCGGCAAUAGAGCAAUGGGAGCGUCAAAUAAUUGACAAUAAGAAUGGGGAAAAGAGGGGCUAUAAGAAUUAUGGAUCUUUAUACCAAAGGAAAGAAAAAGUGAUGCCUUCACAUGGAACUAAAUGCCACCUAGGCAGAAAGAAAACUCACAAUUUCCAGCAUUGCCACAGUGUGAAGCUAUCUAAGGUUCCAGGCAAGAUGGUAUGUUCUGAAAAGCAUCAAUGAUGCACUUGUGUGUUCUAU